GGUAGUUUACUUCUGCUGAAAAUUUAGACAUUGUCACACAUACAACUUACUGUUUUUUUCUCCAGCUGAUGAUAAAUCGGUUGAGGGAUGGAAAAGGGAAAGUUGUUGGAGCGUGGUGACGAAGGAAAUUAUGAUGACGAUCGGCGAUCUCAAAUUGAACGUAAUGAUCACGCGGAUCUCUUGGAUGGGGAGUUUUACAGAUCAAGAGAGUUUUGGAUGAUGGUUCAUGAAAAGCAGAGUAAAGGGUUGCCAUGGGAUAGAGCUAUGGAUGAAGUUCGAGUUGAAAGACUUAUUCAGAGCUACAAAGACAAUGGAGAACUGGACAGUGAAGACCCAGCACUUACGAUGUUAAAACAUUGGCCAGCAUCUAAACAGUACAAGAAUAAACCUGACAAACUUCCAGGCCUUGAAAAGCCGCUACGUUGA